UUGUCAAGCAAAACAGCUGAUAAGAAACACAAUUGUUAUCAAAACAUUAAAGGAAAAUGAAUAAAUUAUUUAAAACACCACGAGUAAUUGACUUCUUGGUUAAGUGAUUUGUUAAGUUAUUAAAAAAAAAAUGGCGGUUUACGCGGCACAUUUAACGCGAACGCUCCAAGGCACUCCGUCCGUGUUUGAAGUAGCAGCCCAAGAGGCUUUGGGAGCUACAGUGAAGCCAGCUUUGCGUAAACUUAUCGAGUAUCUAGGAUCAGUGUACCCAGACAGAUGUGGCUGGUGUGAGAGGUGGUACGAUGAAUUGUAUCUGCUGUUUGACUGUUGCCUGCAGUACCACUACCUCAAACACUUUGCGGCAUCAUUCUCCGAAUCCUUCUAUGGUUUGAUGCGAGCACCGGUUUUGCCAAGCUCUGAGUUCAACCUGGGCUCUCGUCUACCGGAUACUCUGGAAAAGGGAUCCUUGCUGCUGCUGGUGCUCCUGCCGUAUGUGAGAGAUAAACUUGAGAAGGCAGUGGAUAGAUGGAGAGAAGAUUUGGAGGAUGGGAGGUUGGGGAAGAGUACACCCGACCGUCUCCGCAGAGCAGCCAUCCACAUAUACUCCACAGUCCACCUGGUGAGCAGCGUCUCGCGGCUGGUGGUGCUGGGCCGCUACCUCACGGGCGGGUGCAGCUCCCCCUCGCUGGAACUGCUGGUACUGGGGCUGACGCUGACGAGUGCUCCGCCACCCCCCGAGGAAGAUACGUGGGGAGAGCUGUUCAGGAACUUGGUGAACGGUCGGUUUAGGAGCGCGUCGCUGACGUUCCCGAUGGUGUGCCGCGCGGCGGGCGGCGGCGCCACGUGGGCCGCCUUCCUCGUGCAGCUGCUGCGCUGGCUCGACGCGCGCCCGCUCGCCGCCGCCGCCGCGCUGCCCGCCCCGCCCCCGCCCCCGCGUGAUGAGAAAGCUGUCCGUUACCUGAACAAGUGCCCGGUGUGCCUGCAGCCCUGGAAGGUGCCCACCGUGCUGCCCGUCUCAGGCUACAUAUUCUGCUACACGUGCAUAUCUCGGCAACUGCGCUCCAGCGGCGCGUGCCCCGUCAGCGGCCUGCCCGCCUCGCCCAGGGCACUCGUUCGGUUGUACCUAGACGUCUAGGGCACGCGUUAGGUUGGACCUGGACGUCUAGGGCACGCGUUAGGUUGGACCUAGGUGACUAGCGCACCAGCGAUGUAGCUCGACUGAAUUGUCUUGUCUUGACUUAAUACAUGAGUUAUUUUAGAAAAUGUAAUCUUGAAGAAAAAAGUCAAUAGGGUGGUAGGAUUUGCUGGUCACAGAUAUAAAAAGUAGAACAAAAAAAUGUGUAUCUGAAGUUUUUCAUUUUUUAAGAUGCAGGGUUUUAGAUUAUCAUGAAAUAAUUAGUCACGAAAUCUGUUGCUGGCUCGCUGACUAGACUGUCAGUAUAGUCGGAAAACAAAAUGUUUCUUAUUGUUAAUUUGUAACUAGCCUUGUUUUGGAAUGCUAGGAAAGUAUGUGACUUAAUAAAUUGAUAAAAUAGACGAUGUUAAAUCUUCCUAGUGGAGAAAUGUUUUAAAAUAUUUAAAAACAAUGUGUUGAAGUGAGGUUCAAUCUUGUAAUCCUUACGCGGAAUGCGGAAGUAUUUGUUUGUUUGUGUGUUUCUUUCUUUCACAUCGCAACGGAGAUAUUUUAUGGUAUGAUUAUUGUGUCUGGAGACGGAUUGUAGGCUAGAAAAUGAUGUAGGCUACUAUUGACAGCAGUAAAACAUCUCAUUCGCAUGGGAAGAUCCACUAUGUGAAUCACUCCGAAAUUUAUAAAUUCCGAUAGAUGUCGCUAUAUUAAAUGUGGGUCGUGUAUGCUUUUUACCUCGCAGGCGUAUCCGCGGGCAAAAGCUAGUUAAUAACUAGCUAAUUUGCUAUAGCGCCAUAAGUGCCUGAAUUUAACUAUUAAGUAGCAAUAAAUUUAUUAGAAUUAAUAUAUAAAAGUUAAUAUUUAACUUGGUAUUGUUUUAGAUUGUAGUUAAUAAGUACAUGGGCUGUGGUAAAUUUAUCAUGAUUGUGGUUAUAAAAGUUUAUAUUUGCGUAUACAGUUUAUAAGUAUA